AUGUCGCAGAGUGAAGGAGAUGAUGAUGUUGCGUCACUAGACAUAUUCCAGGAGCCAGAGGGUUUUUAUCAACCUGAAAAGCCUGCCACAUUUACCACAUAUACCUUGAAGACUGGACAGGCCAUCGAACUUCGACUUGGCCAUCUGUUAUGGAACGCCGGACAAGUCAUUGCACGAUAUUUGGAAGAUAACUCAACGUCGAUGCUUCAGGGGAAGACGGUCUUGGAAUUGGGUGCUGGAGCAGGACUUCCAAGUCUGGUUUCGGCCAUCUUAGGGGCUGAGAAAGUUGUCGUGACAGAUUACCCAGAUCAAGAUUUGAUUGAUAAUUUGCGCUACAACAUUGAGCACUGUUCAGUCCUCGCCGACAAGUUGAAUAUUACAGCACAAGGUUUUCUCUGGGGAAGUUCUGCUGAACCGCUCAAAUCUCACCUGGAAUCUGGUCGCGGUGGAUUUGACGUGAUGAUCCUCGCCGAUAUCCUCUUCAACCACUCAGAGCACACGAAACUGUUGGCGACGCUACGUGAGUGCCUGCGAUAUAGUGCUGACUCGGUGGCUUUGGUCUUCUUCACUCCCUACCGUCCAUGGUUGCUGGAAAAAGACCUGAACUUUUUUGACCUGGCGCGUAAUGAUGGGUUCGUCGUCAAUAAGAUUCUGGAGCACACCAUGGACAAAGUCAUGUUCGAGAACGAUCCUGGUGACGAGGCCCUGCGGAGAACAGUGUUUGGCUAUGAAGUGAGAUGGCAGGUGUGA